CCCCACGUCACAACCAGAACGUAGCUGUACAAGCAACAAUGCCAUUCCAAGACAGUGUUCCAUUCCAAAGAAAAACGUCUCUCUCUUCAGUGAAGAGACCAGUGAAUAAAAAUCUGUCUUCAGUGGUGACAGUGGUGUCCUGCAGACAUGGGGACAGAGCAGGAGAGAUGCGUCCGCAGAGCGGAAAUAGUGCGAUCCAAACUCAUCCAGUCCUUCUAUUUGAUUGACCAACUUCAGGAGGGUCAGCGGGGUUCUCCGAAGUAUUCUAUCAGGGAUGUAUUUGACUCUCAGACCUUGCGGGGAAAAGACUCCCACCAGUUAGUGCGCUUUGAGAUAUCUCAGGGGGACCACAUCAUCUCUAUGGAGGACCGCAGGCGAAGUCGCCUUAGGAAUUGCCACAGACGUUUCCCACCUCUCAACAUGUUCUCUCACUGGGUCAUCGAAAGUCAUCUGUUUUCAAAUAUUAUUGUUGCACUCAUUAUUUUCAACACUAUUGUAUUAGAAAUUCAAGCAGAGAUAUUUGACAACAUGGACCCAAAGCUGGAGCUUCUGAGGUUAAUCUUGGAUAUGAUGGACUGGAGUAUUUUAGCUAUUUUCUUCCUGGAGAUGCUGCUGAAAUGGUUGGACAAUUUCAGGCACUUUUGGAAGAGUACUUGGAACAUCUUUGAUUUUGUAGUCACAUUCUUGUCUGUCGUCCCACAAAUCAUCCGAGCCGUCGGAGGAGCAAACACAAGUCACAUCCAGGUGGUGGAGUAUCUGCGGAAGCUCCGCAUCCUAAGAGCUCUAAAGAUGGUGUCCAAAUUUCGUCAGAUUCGGCUUAUUGUGUUAACAGUCUCCAAAGCGUUUAAGGCUAUGUCUUUCAUCUUUCUACUUCUGCUGGUAUUUGCUUACAUUUUUGCUGUGGUUGGAGUCAUCCUGUUCCAGGCUUACACGCGUUCUGAUGUCUCGGGUCUAACAUACCAUGACAGUUUCAAGGACAUUAUGAAUUCUUUCAUCACACUUUUCAUCCUCUUUACCCUGGAUCACUGGUAUGCAAUUCUGGCCGACACGAGGAAGGUUCCGGAGAUGGACCCAAACAUCUGUGGAGUUUACAUCAUUCUGUGGCUCAUUAUUGGGGCUGUUAUAUUUCGCAACAUUUUUGUUGGGAUUCUAGUGAAUAAUUUCCAGUCAAUAAGACAAGACUUGUCACGAGAAGUCCAGCAAAUUGAGAAUCAACAAAAGGCUGACCACUUCAAAGCAGAGUUCAUUAACAGGAGAAAAAGUCAUUUGAUGCUUCCACAAUUACCACAAAUAGCACAGGAGUUGGAGGAGACCCCAAUAGACCCAACAGAGAUUUCAAAUAUGAAUGUGUAUAGUACAAAGGACAAGGACUGGGAGACCUACGUGGAGGAGAACGUGACGGUGAUGCAGAACCAGGAGAUGGAUGAGCAGGUCUUCUGGCCCAGGGAUUCCCUCUUCAAAUACUUUGAGCUCCUGGAGCUGCUACAGCUCAACCUGGACAACAGAAAGCGUCUGCAGGGUUUGGCAGCUCAAGCAUUGCUCAAUCUGCAUGACUCCUAAACGAAGAGAAUAAAGCACAUUUCAUCUCA